AUGGAAGGAAUUAAAGAAUGUGACAGUAAUGUGGAAGAGAAGGGUGCGGUUUCUACAAGUCCUUCGGUCUCUGGUUCUUCUGAUAAUGGGGUUCCCAAGGCAAUCUCUGUUCAAGGGCGGAUAACGGGUCCAACAAGACGAUCAACAAAGGGGGGAUGGACAAGGGAGGAGGAUAAAAUAUUAGCCAUUGCUGUCAAAGAAUUCAAUGGCAAAAACUGGAAAAAAAUUGCUAAACGUGUUCAUGGUAGAACUGAUGUUCAAUGUCUGCAUCGGUGGCAGAAGGUUCUCGAUCCAAGUCUUGUUAAAGGGCCUUGGAGCAAGGAGGAAGAUGAUCUCACCAUGAAGCUGGUUGCAAAGAAGGGGAAACAUAAGUGGUCUGAAAUUGCAAAAUCCUUGCCAGGCCGGAUAGGCAAGCAAUGUAGAGAAAGGUGGCAUAACCAUUUAAAUCCAGAUAUAAAAAAGACUGCAUGGACAGAAGAAGAGGAGUUGAUACUCAUUAGGUCCCAUCAGAUAUAUGGGAACAAGUGGGCCGAGAUAGCAAAGUCCCUGCAUGGAAGGACUGAAAAUUCUAUAAAAAAUCAUUGGAACUGCUCAGUGAGGAAGAAAGCGGAGUCUAAGGAGAUUAAACGAAGUCUUGAUCAGAAAGUGAACUUGAAGGGAAGUGCAUACACUUGUUCACCGGAAACAAUUUUUGAUGCUGACAAUGCAAGUACUUCUAGUGGUCCGAGUGUUGGACAAUGCCAAGAAAGUGAUAAUAAUUAUAAGGGUAACACAUUCAGAGAAUCACAUAACACAGACAACUCUGGUGGAAAAAGGAAUUCAAAAAGUCCAGUUUCAUUUUGUACACCACCAAGCCACAAUAAAGGAGCAAGCACGGUUGAAUGUAGCAGUGCAGAAUCCAUACUAAGAAGCGCUGCAAGGAGUUUUAACAAUACACCAUCUAUCAUAAGAAAACGACGCCUUCAAUGUUCUAGGAAAAUUGACAAUGCAAAUGAUCACAAUGAUAUUGUUUGUUCACAGGAAGAAAUUAUCAGAGAAAACUUCGACAUUAAUAGCCCCCACUUGUUACAUCUUCGUCCUUGUGACGACAGAUGUGAUAUCAACAGCAUAGUUGUCGUAACAAAUGAGAAGCAACUUUUCUUGAGUCCUUCAAAGUCUCAGAAGCUCCAAACAGAUAUAAAAAAGACUGCAUGGACAGAAGAAGAGGAGUUGAUACUCAUUAGGUCCCAUCAGAUAUAUGGGAACAAGUGGGCCGAGAUAGCAAAGUCCCUGCAUGGAAGGACUGAAAAUUCUAUAAAAAAUCAUUGGAACUGCUCAGUGAGGAAGAAAGCGGAGUCUAAGGAGAUUAAACGAAGUCUUGAUCAGAAAGUGAACUUGAAGGGAAGUGCAUACACUUGUUCACCGGAAACAAUUUUUGAUGCUGACAAUGCAAGUACUUCUAGUGGUCCGAGUGUUGGACAAUGCCAAGAAAGUGAUAAUAAUUAUAAGGGUAACACAUUCAGAGAAUCACAUAACACAGACAACUCUGGUGGAAAAAGGAAUUCAAAAAGUCCAGUUUCAUUUUGUACACCACCAAGCCACAAUAAAGGAGCAAGUACGGUUGAAUAUAGCAGUGCAGAAUCCAUACUAAGAAGCGCUGCAAGGAGUUUUAACAAUACACCAUCUAUCAUAAGAAAACGACGCCUUCAAUGUUCUAGGAAAAUUGACAAUGCAAAUGAUCACAAUGAUAUUGUUUGUUCGCAGGAAGAAAUUAUCAGAGAAAACUUCGACAUUAAUAGCCCCCACUUGUUACAUCUUCGUCCAUGUGACGACAGAUGUGAUAUCAACAGCAUAGUUGUCGUAACAAAUGAGAAGCAACUUUUCUUGAGUCCUUCAAAGUCUCAGAAGCUCCAAACAGGUAGUAAAUGA